ACUCCGACGUUCGUCAAGACAAGCCGGCAAAGCGGGCGAAGAAGCAAGUGCCAAGGGGGAUGCUGGUGCGACCGAAGCGUCGCCACCUUGUUCUCGCUCCGGUACAAUUCCCCUCUGGCGUCCAGAUUCGACUCGAAGAACAACAGUGGCAAGCGCGUGGCGUACGUGAUGCUGGCGGCGGAGCUCAGCGUCGAAAUCCAACGUGAAUUCGUCGCAAAGCAGGUCCAAGACAAGGUGCGUGCAUUUCUCGUACAGUCAUUUCAAAACUGA